GAAACAGUUGAAAAGGCACCUUUUCAGCACUUCAAAGAGCAUGGAACUGGAAUCAAGAUCAAUGGAGGUUUCAAAUGCAGGUUUGUAGGCAUCUUUUAGGUGCGCUGCAUACUGGCAUGGCUUCACGAUUGGGAGGCUGUGAACGGGGUUCCUUUGUUUUCUCUACUGUGAAUAGAUCAACUGAGUCGACGGUCUUUGUAUUGAAGUCGUUAACAUACACCACUUUGGCAAGGCGCCCGUUUGUUCAGGCCCUGCUUACAAGGACCGUUUGAGGAGGCUGAGUAGGGCCUUGAAUCUGGCUGACUGCGUGCAUCUUGAGUUGGAGCAAGAGCCCCUGCACUUUUUGGUCGGUUGACUGUCAAGCACAUCCCUCACGCCUGUCCAUCACAAGCGUUGCAGCACCUCCAUCUUUGAACGUUGGGGACUUGAGCUUAGUACACCUUAGGUGGUCACAACCAGGCACGAGAGUUGAAGCAUCACUUGCGUGUAGAUAGAGAGCGUCACGCCUGCAGCAUAAACCUCUGCUGAAACAGAGGUGCCGAGAAUGGCGAUCUUGCAGGCCAAGCAGAGCGGGAGCAGUGCGCAAGAUGUGUCAAUGGAAGCACGGAGAGAGACAGGCCCGACUGAAGAGCCUGACGCUGAGAAGGGAGGCUUCCCUACGAGUCUUGUCUGUAUUGUGGGGACUGAGUUUUGUGAGCGCUUUGCGUAUAAGGGGAUGUCCACAGUCUUGGCACUGUAUUUCAUGGACCACUUGCACCAGAGCGAAGAGCAGGCCACCGAGUUCCUCCACCUUUUCAUCGUCGCCUGCUACAUGACCCCCCUCCUCGGCGCCUUCAUCUCAGACAGCUACAUCGGGAAGUACCGGACGAUCCUCUACCUUUCUCUCGUCUACUGCCUAGGCAACUGGGCGAUGGCCGCGUCAGCUCUCCACUCGCAGGCUUCCCACUCCGCCAGCUUAACCAUCCUGGGGCUAGGACUGAUCGCGUUCGGAACGGGGGGUAUCAAGCCCUGUGUGUCUGCAUUUGGGGGGGACCAGAUCGAGCUGUCCUAUCCCCCGAGCUCUGCGAGAAACACCCUCCUGCGGCGCUUCUUCUCGGCGUUCUACUUCUCAAUCAACGCGGGGGCUGUUCUGAGCACGCUGAUCACCCCCCUGAUUCGGAGCUACAGCAGCUAUACCUGGGCGUUUGCGGUUCCCGCCUGGCUCAUGAUGCUCUCGCUCGUUCUCUUCUACCUCGGAAGCGGAUCGUACAAGCACCAGCCCCCGGGGGGGAACGUGGUCGCUCAUGUCGCCGGGGUGAUCUGGACCGCCAUCCGGCUUAACACGCAGAGGGGUUCGGAGCAGCCGGCUCUUCCUGAGGCAGAACCGCAAGCACCGGAACAACCACAGAAGGCGUCCAGGCCUCCCCAGGUCAAGGUCCCCCAGAGUAAGCCGAUCGGGAUCGGCGGCCGCGUGCGCUUCUCAAACUUCAUCGGGGGCAACUCUCUGCGAACGGCGUCUAUCUUUCUGCGCGGGACGCCCCCCGAGACCAGGCCCGAGCAGCAGGCCCUGCUUUCGGGCGCGGACAGCGGUCCAGAGUCCGGGAGCUCUGUUCGGGGGGGUAACAAUAUCCCUGUUCCGAGACCCCCCAGCAGGAGGAAUCUGGCGGGCGAGAUCGGCGCCCAGGCUCUGCCACCGGCAGGGCCCCCAGUAGUGGCUGCCCGGAGCGCGCCAAGUGGCGGCGUCCCGGCGGGCCAGGUGGCAAAGCGGCACUGGCUCGAUGCGGCCAAGGCGGUGCAUGGGAGCCAGGACGUGGAGGAUGUGAAGGGGCUGUUGAAGGUGCUGCUGCUGUUUGUGCCGGCGCCCCUGUUCUGGUCGCUUUUCGACCAGCAGUCAAGCAGAUGGGUGUUCCAGGCGCGCAAACUAGAUGGGCGGCUGCCGUUCGGGCUGGUCAUCGAGCCGGAUCAAAUGCAGGUCCUCAACGCGAUGUUCAUCCUGAUCAUGAUCCCCCUCUUCGACCGCGGCAUUUACCCCUUCCUCGAGCGCCGCGGCGUCUCGCUGCGGCCCAUCCGCCGCAUGGUCGUCGGCAUGUUCAUCGCCGCGGUCGCAUUCGUCCUCUCCGCGUUCCUCCAGAUCGCUCUUGACCACGGAAGUCCGGAGCCCGCCGAGGGGCUGGCGUCAUCGCUGGGGGUCUUCGGUGGCAACGGAACAGUGGGGCUCGGGAGCGGGCAGGGUUUCUUCGGGGGGGCCGAUUUGGCUGGCUGGGGGAAGGGGGGACAUGCGGGAAAGGGGGGGCACAGCGGGGAGCACCAACGGCUGUCCAUGCUGUGGCAGGUGCCCCAGUACGUGGUCUUGACGGCGGGCGAGAUCCUGUUCAGCAUCACGGGCCUGGAGCUGGCGUACUCGCAGGCGCCCUCCAACAUGACAGCUGUCGUGCAGAGCGCCUGGCUGCUGAGCGUUGCGGCGGGCAAUCUGGUGACCGUCCUAGUUGUCGGCAUCAUUGGGAACCGCCUCUCGCUGGCCAACGAGUUCUUCUUCUUCGCUGGUGGCUGCAUAGUGGCUAUGCUGGCCCUGAAAUUUGUUGGCCGAGGUUUUGAGUAUGCCGGAGCUCGCCAACCACGGAAAGGGAGUUCUUCAGGUCCAGUUGCUAGUCCUGCCAAUCAGGACGUCGAACAAGGUUUGCAUUGAGACUUCUGAUUUUGAGUUGUAUAGUAAUGCUAACAUCAGGUGCAGCUUUAACAUUCUUUGGGCGAACUCCGAAGUCGAACAGCUGCCAUGUAUCGUCAACAAACAUUGUAGCUCGAUGCUUUGAGGUGAUACGACGUAAGCACUUCUUAGGAAAAACCAACAAGCAAGCAAAAUAUUAGUUUCAUUUUUGUUUGUUAGUCAAUAUGGUCCCUUGUUUCUACACACGCUGUGGAUAUCUGGAAGCUUUACUUGUGUGCCAUCCCGGGUGUCCGGUUUCGUAUGGG